AUGAAUAUUGAAUUACUUUCUACAUUUCAACAAAAUUAUCCUGAAGAAUUCGAUGGCACACUUGAUUGUGCAUCGAUGGCUGUUUGUUGUGCUUUUAAUAAAGUUGGUUCAAUGUUAGCUGUCGGUUGUUCUGAUGGUCGUCUUGUUGUAUGGGAUUUUUUAACACGUGGUAUAGCUAAAAUAAUUUGUGCUGAUUGGUCACCAAUAUAUUGUAUAUCAUGGUCAAAAAAAUCAGAUUUAAUAGCAACAUCAUCAACAGAUAAUACUGUUUGUAUAUGGUAUACAUCAACAGGUCGCUGUCGCACACGUAUAUCAUGUAUACAAUCACCUAUACUUAAAGUUCAAUUUCAUCCACGUAAUUCUUCUUAUUUACUUAUAUGUCCAAUGAAACAUCCACCUGUUUUAAUUGAUAAUAAUGGUAAACAUACAAUAGUUACAAUUGAUGAUGAACCAAAUGAUAUAAUAUCAACAUUUGAUAGAAAAGGUGAACAUAUUAUAUUAGGUAAUAGUCGUGGUUUAAUUGUUGUUAAAACAUUUUCCGAUUUAAAAACUAUUUCAUCAUUUCGAAUAACAACUGGAACAAAUACAAAUACGGUAUUAAGACAUAUUGAAAUUCCUCGUCGAGGUAAGAAAAAUAAAUAA